UGAUUUAAUGGCAGCCUGUAUUCAGUAAUAACUCUAAAUGUAGAUGUGUUUAAAGCUUCAUCUGUUCCCUUUGGCACAGUAUAGGCUUGUAUAAUUCAGCGUUAACACGUCUAAUGUUACAACUGUCGGACCGUGGUCCCUUAAACUAUACAUAUCUUGUGAUUUAGCAAGUCGGCUAGCUGCUGUUGCUAAUUCUGCCACCUUCCAUCGAUUUUGCCGGUAGUUUUAGCGAUAGGUUGUUGACUGAUCGGCUUGUUUGCGUUGCUAAAACUAUCAACAGCUCUACGUGAUUGUCUUCCUAAACAGGUAGAGCCAAGUCAUGAGUGCAGGAGACUCAAACCCAGCCGCCACACCCACUCCCUGUGAAGACAUCCAAGGAGACGGACGAUGGAUGUCUCUGCACAACCGCUUUGUGUCUGACAGCAAAGACAAAGAACCUGAUGUCCUGUUUGUUGGAGACUCCCUCAUUCAGCUCAUGCACCAGUUUGGGAUCUGGCGGCAGUUGUUCUCUCCUCUCCAUGCCCUCAACUUUGGAGUGGGUGGUGAUGCAACACAACAUGUGCUGUGGAGACUGAGCAACGGCGAACUGGAUAACAUCAGCCCAAAGGUUGUUGUGCUCUGGGUUGGCACCAACAAUCAUGGUCACAGCCCUGAGCAGAUCUGUGGAGGCAUCUUGGCUAUCGUCCAAGUCAUCAAGAACAAGCUCCCCCAUGCUCACACGCUCGUACUUGGUUUACUCCCCAGAGGUAAAUCACCAAAUCCUCUGCGCGAGCGAAAUGCCAAGGUUAACAAGCUAGUCCAAGAGGCUUUAUCAUCUCUACCCCACGCAUCUUUCUUCAACGUGGACCCUGGCUUCGUCCACUCCAGUGGUUGCAUCUCCCACCAGGACAUGUAUGACUACCUUCACCUGACUCCUCAGGGCUACCAGGCUGUGUGUGAACCCCUCCACGCUCAUCUCAAAUCCAUGCUAGAUAAACCUGAAAACUGAGAAAGCAGGUUACAAAUAUACACUACCACAGUGGUCCUCGUCCCUGUCUCUGGAGAGCAUCCCACGCUGAGUAGUAAGGCCUUGAAUGGUGGAUUAAAUCGAUUACUAAGGGCUAAGAGCUGCACAAAGUAUCGUGGAAGUGAUCUCCUUGGCCAGGGUUGGUGACCACUGUUACAGAUAAUGGGACCAUAUGUUUUUUUGUUUUUUUUUUCUUUUUUUUGUGUGUGUUUACAAUACAGUCAAAAAUUUAAUGUGCGACAAAUCCCUGCCUCAGUUCCCAGAACACCUGUUUCGCUAGCUUUCAGUUCUCAGGAUGAUUUUUCACAGAGGGAUUGUUUCAUUUCUCUACCACAUGUUACAAGGGAAAAUGUCUAAAGGUCAUCACAAUAAAAUCAAAUUUAAAGAGAUGACCUUUAGAACCUAGCCAACGUUAUGUAGAUCAAAACAUGACUUUGCCGCAGCAUAUAGAAGGUUUCAUUUAUGGCCUAAAUGCUAAAUAACUGGAAUAACUAUAUUACCUUAAAUUCAGAUCUUUAAGAAGGACUAAUGAAAGAACCCUGCUUUGACAAAACAAACUAUCUGACUGAGGCCACAGGAACAGGAGUUACUUGGAAAAGAGCUUGGGACUCUUCAGGUUUAUAUGCCUCUACACAAGUACCCAGAGUCCCACCUUUGUUUGGACAUAGCUUUACAGUAUUGUGAUGUCUGAUAUUUUUUUUGUACAUGUUAAUUUGGACCAAAGCUUUUGAUUUUCGUUUACAAAACAAUUGACCAUUACUGUCUCUUUUCUUUUCAUCAGGUCAUAUUAUCUUAUGAAUUCCCCUUUUCAUUCACCUACCCUAACAGUUCCUGUCACAGGCUGUUGAUGUAUUUGAGUGGGUUGUGAUGCUGCACUGAUACACCCGUCUGCUUGUGCUUCAAGGCCAAUCUCUUCUCUAACGUUGCAAGCCCAUGAGACACUUUAAAAUGCUUUACUUCACACUAACAUGCUUCUGAACCUUUCCAGACACGGAUUGCGCUACAGGAUUUGAAUUAUGUUCCGGGAUGAGUGAUUGUGGAUGUGAUGAAAGAAAUACAUUAAAUAUCAAAACAAGA